AUGUCCGUCAAGGCACUGAUUUUCGAUUUGGGCAAUGUCCUCCUCCGCCUGAACCAAUCCGCGACCGCAGAAGGCUUCAAAAGCCUCGGUGCCACAUCCUUCCCCACCCUCUCCCAACACCACAACUCCACUGUCAUCGUCGAUUUCGAAACUGGCAAGAUCUCCCCCGAAGAAUUCCGUACAUCCAUCCGAACCACCAUUGGCCUCCCCGAGUCUGUCACCGAUGUCCAGUUUGACGUCGCCUGGAACGCCAUGUUGCUCGAUUUCCCCAAGGGCCGUCUCGAACUCAUGCGGACACUCAAGAAUGACUACGAGUACAAGGUCUUCCUGUUGAGCAACACCAACUCGAUCCAUAUCGAGUAUAUCGACCAGGUGUGUUUGAAGGGGUAUAAGGAGUCGACGUUGGAUCCGUUCUUUGACAAGGUGUAUUACUCGCAUGGGAUUGGAGCGAGGAAGCCAUCGAAAGAGGCGUUUGAGUUUAUUUUGAAGGAUCAGGGGUUGGUGGCGGGAGAGUGUUUGUUUUUGGAUGAUAUGCCUGAGAAUGUAGAGGCUGCCAAGGCGUGUGGAUUGCAGGCUGCGCAAGUCGAUGCCGAGACCGAUCUUGGUUUCCUGCAGCUUCGCUUUUAG